CAUUGCCGUAACUGCUCACGUUCUCCGAUGAAGGCGAUAUAGAAAGCUAAAUGUCCGCUUAUAACAAUAAAUAAGAGCGGCGCUCCUGCAUGACAGCGCUGGGGAGGAGCGGCCUGGGUGUCGGGGGGUUCUAGCGUGCCCCGGAGCAGGGUGGCGGCUGACAGAAAUAAUAGCUGUACUUCAUAAGGAAGGAGGGCACAGCUGCCGGGCCGCUGUACUAACCGGAGGAUAGGGGGGAGCAGGGCUCUGUCUGGGGGAACCGGAGAAUAUGGCGGCGGUGGAGCUGGAGUGGAUUCCGGAGACCCUGUAUAACACGGCUAUUUCCGCCGUGGUGGACAACUACAGCCGAGCCCGCAGAGACAUCCGCAGCCUGCCCGAGAACAUCCAGUUUGACGUGUACUACAAGCUUUACCAGCAAGGAAGACUUUGCCAGCUUGGAAGUGAGUUCUGUGAAUUGGAAGUUUUUGCUAAAGUAUUACGUGCAUUAGAUAAAAGACAUCUUCUGCAUCACUGCUUUCAAGCUCUAAUGGACCAUGGAGUUAAGGUUGCCUCUGUAUUGGCGUAUUCUUUUAGUAGACGUUGCUCAUAUAUAGCAGAAUCUGAUGCUCACGUUAAAGAAAAGGCAAUCCAGAUCGGCUUUGUUCUUGGGGGCUUCCUUUCAGAUGCAGGCUGGUAUAGUGAUGCGGAAAAGGUGUUCCUUUCAUGCCUACAGCUCUGUACUCUUCAUAAUGAAAUGCUCCAUUGGUUUCGUGCGGUGGAGUGCUGUGUCAGGUUGCUGCAUGUUCGAAACGGGAACUGUAAAUACCACUUGGGAGAAGAAACCUUUAAACUUGCUCAGAGCUAUAUGGAGAAGCUAGCCAAGCAUGGGCAGCAUGCAAACAAAGCUGCUUUGUACGGAGAGUUAUGUGCCCUGCUUUUUGCAAAAAGUCAUUAUGAUGAGGCUUAUAAAUGGUGUAUAGAGGCCAUGAGAGAAAUUACCAAUGGACUACCUGUGAAGGUGAUCGUAGAUGUUUUGAGGCAGGCAUCUAAGGCUUGUGUGGUGAAGAGAGAGUUCAAGAAAGCUGAACAGUUAAUAAAACACGCCGUAUACCUUGCUCGGGAAAAUUUUGGCCACAAGCAUCCAAAAUAUUCUGAUACAUUACUAGAUUAUGGAUUUUACCUUUUGAAUGUUGACAACAUAUGCCAGUCCGUUGCAAUAUAUCAGACUGCCCUUGAUAUCAGACAGUCAGUAUUUGGAGGAAAAAAUAUCCAUGUGGCAACAGCCCAUGAAGACCUGGCCUACUCUUCGUAUGUUCAUCAGUACAGUUCAGGGAAAUUUGAUAAUGCAUUAUUUCAUGCUGAGCGUGCCAUAGAUAUCAUUACCCAUAUACUCCCAGAAGACCAUCUUUUAUUAGCUUCCUCAAAAAGAGUUAAAGCUCUAAUCUUAGAGGAAAUUGCUAUAGAUUGUCACAACAAAGAGACUGAGCAAAAACUUCUUCAAGAAGCUCAUGAUCUUCACCUUUCUUCACUACAACUUGCUAAAAAAGCCUUUGGAGAGUUCAAUGUACAGACAGCAAAACACUAUGGAAAUCUCGGCAGGCUGUAUCAGUCCAUGAGAAAGUUUAAGGAAGCUGAAGAAAUGCACAUCAAAGCUAUCCAAAUUAAGGAGCAGCUACUAGGCCAAGAAGACUACGAAGUAGCACUUUCAGUUGGACAUUUGGCUUCUUUGUAUAAUUAUGACAUGAAUCAGUAUGAAAAUGCGGAGAAGCUCUAUCUUCGGUCAAUAGCAAUUGGUAAGAAGUUAUUUGGUGAAGGUUACAGUGGACUGGAAUAUGACUACAGGGGCCUGAUUAAACUGUAUAACUCUGUGGGUAAUUUUGAGAAGGUGUUUGAAUACCAUAAUAUAUUGGCAAAUUGGAACCGACUGAGAGAUCGCCAGUUUUCAGUCACUGAUGCCCUUGAGGAUGUAAAUGCCAGCCCCUUGUCAACAGAGGAAGUUGUACAAUCGUUUCUCAUGUCACAGACCACCAAUGAAGGACAGCAUUGUUAAUUUAAGGAGGAAUAAAAACUCUUCGACUGUUCCAGCUAUUUCUCAACAUACUGGGAAAGUUCAUACUGUGAAAUUUCAGAGAAACACAGAUGCAACUCGGUUAUCCAGGCCAUUUUCCAUAGGAGAAAACUAGUCUCCCAUCUGCUUGGCUAGUCCCAUAUGGAAUGUUCACAUCUUAAUCAACUAUUUCUACUUAUGUCACAGGACAAAGAACUAGUGUUUCAUUUUUUUUUUCUUUUUUGCAACUCCAAUAGGAUGAUGCAAAUAAAACUGUUAAGAGUUUAUAAGAUAUGUGUUUUCCCUGAUUCAUUGGGGCAAGGUGUUACAUGGAUAUAAAAUACUGCUCGUGCACUCCGCCUAUUAUUUCAUGUUCACCAAAACUCCAUUUUUGAUAUGGCUCACUUGAGUUAAUGUUUUUUUACGUCCUGUUGAUGCCAGAUUUUGAAGGAAAAACAGUGUUCAUUGAAAAACCCAUAAGGCAAUAGCCUGCUAUCAUCUUCGCUGCUUCCUUUCCUCGCUGCGCAUGCUAUGUAGAAGAAUUCUGUUUUUUAUGUGAUUCAUUUGCUGUGGAUUUUAACAGCUUGGCUUGCUGUAAGUUCAGCUCCUUAACGCUUGGCACUAAAAAACACACAUAGCUAAUGAUGGUACAGAUAUACCCCCAAGUUUUCUUUUCCUUCUGGUUCAAAAGAAAUAUAUUCCAACAAAGUAAAAAAAAAAUUCUGCAGCGCCUUAGUCCAGAUAUUUUUUUUUAUUUUUUAUCACUAACUGUACAGUCUAAAAUGUAUACACUGCUAUUAUGAAGUGCAAUGUGGAAUAGUCAUUCAAAUUGUUUGUGCCAAGGAACCCUUACACAUUGCAGAUAGUCACUUUUAUUGCUUUUAAUGUUAUCAUUUAUUGUUGUAGAAUGGUUUAAUAUGUAGUGUGUAUGUGAGCUGUUGAUUAAGACCACAUUCAUCAUGUGUUAGGUAGAUGCCAAAAAACACUAUCUAGGCCAUCAAGCACAAGCAAUGCAAACCAGAAUUGAAAUAGUCAUAAGAUUCAUUGGCAAGCUUUAAAAUUUCCAUUGGCAUUGAACCGAUGGGCUUUGCAGUCUAAGAUCUGGACAUUGAGUUAACACGAUGCAUACGUAUAUUUAAUGUAAAAUCCAAACUGAAAAACAAUUUCUAUCUGAUAGAAAACAUUUUAUGCCAAACAUAUUUAGUCUUAAUUUAGUUAGGCAUAGCCUUGCUAAACAAAUAUUUGUUAGUAGGGGGUGUAGAUCUUGUGAUAAGUCUUGUUUGUGGACUGCAAUUGUGCACAGAGUUAAGGCUAUGUUAUGUACUGGCUAUAAAAUGGGUUCCUUAGUUUUUGACAGGCCUUCAAAGGGUCAUCAGACAUACAUGCUUGUAUUGUAUUAUGGAUGUGUAUCAUUGUGCAUUGAAGACAGGCAUUUUGGGUGCUCUACUAGAUGAAUGGUUCUUGGCUGCUACUUUACCUAACACCCCAUUUGUACUUUUAGUUUGUUUUAAUUUUUUUGUUCCUCACAAGAAGUGGGCGCUAUCUGCUCAUGUGUGUAUCAUAAUUUAAAAAUGUCCCUGUCUUAUUCCCAGCAUAAUUUUGCCUUUAACAGAAUAUGUCUAAUAGACCUUUGAGAUGAGCUUAGGAAAUUUGUGGCUAUGAAAUGUUUGUACACAAUGGUCUGUAUUUGCUGCUUUAGUAGGCAUGCUGGGUAAAAUCGUUGUGCCUUUUUCCAAUUUUCACUGGUAUAACCAGUAAGUGCCUCUUUCUGCUUCUCACACUUAUGAUGCUAGCAGACAGAGUAAUAUAGUUAUAGAUGGGACUAAGCAGAUACAUAUACCCACAAAAAAUUCUGGCUGUAAAAAAAAAAUAUAUAUAUGUAAUAAAAAAAAUAUAUAGACAUAUAUAAAAAUAUAUAUAGAAAUAAUAUAUGAACAUUGCCAGGUUUUGAAGGAACAUGAUAGAAUGGAGUAAUACCUGGCAGAGUGCAUAUUUUCGUGCUUUUCAGCCAACAAUGACCUCAAUUUGCUUGAAUAUACAUUGUUUUUCUUUUGCUACUGAAGUGUAGCUUUAAAAGAAAAAAACUUUCACUUUUUCUUUGGUUCAGUCUGGCAUGCUGUAUUUUACAUGACAAAUGCUAGGAAGUACAAAAAAACAACAACAUACCCGAUAAGGAGUUGGUUAUUACUCUGGCCACAUUUCAGCAUUUGCUUGUAUUAGCUGUUGUCUAAAUUGUGAUUAUCGGCAGAUGCGUACCUGUGCAUAGUUUACAAAACAUAAAAUCACUAGUAUAUAUUAAAUAGAAGUACUAUCUAAAAGUAACAUUGCAUUUUUUACAUUUGGUUAAUAUCCAGUCUGUAUAUUAGCCUUGGUUUCUGCAAUAUAUCAUUAGAAUUUAUAUAUCAGUGUUUAUCGCCAUGGUUACACUUGGUCAAGUUAAAGAGCCUCUUUAUUAAAUUAUACACUUUAAAGAGAACCUGUCAUCACUCCCCCCUCACCACAAUCUUUCCAGAUAGCUACCAGCACUAUGUCACAUGGCAUAUCAGCACUAUAUGUGAUGUGAAGCCAUAAGUCUCCCUAAUCUAAGUGAGCGCGUAAUUGAGAAGGCAAAGUUGUUCAGUCAUUCAUCACAUGUUGUAUGUGUAUAAGCUGACUGCCAAGUGUCUUGCAGGCAUUCACAGCAAACAGUUUUCUCAGCUAUACUCUCGCUUAGAUUAGCAACAUAGUUAUGUAUAAUCUGCUUACUAGGUCAUUUUAUAUAGGACAGAAGUUAACUGUUCUAUAGCAGGGGAUGUGAAUUGACAAUUUUACUUUAAAGAAAUAAGGUACAGUUCCUUAAAGGGGUUACCCAGCUAUUAAAAUCGUAUUCCCGUUCUAUGUACUCCUCUUGGCAAUGACUGCCAUUACGGCCAGUGAUUGGCUGAGUGGGCUGUCAGUGCUGAGAGAAGUAUGUCUUGGAAAGUAAAGGCCAGAAAGCACAGCAGGGGAGUCGGGGCCCUUUUCGGAGAUAGGGGAUUUGCUUUUAAUAGCUGGAUAACCCAGUUCAAGCCAACAGUUUAGCAAUAUAUAUAUUAUAUAAUAUAUAUUAUUAAUUAUGCCUCACAUCCAGCUGAAAAGGAUAGCAAUAUUAUCACUGGCUGACGUUCUGAACAUUUGGUUGUGCACGCUGCUGGGGUCGGCCAUGCCCCCUCGUGCUGUCACGUCAGGCCCCCUCAAUGCAAUUCUAUGGGAGGGGGCGUGGUGGCUGACACGCCUCUCCCAUAGACUUUCAUUGAGGGGGUGUGGCCUGAAGGCACGGGGGAGUGCGGCUGACCCCAGCAUCGUGCACAAAGCGUUUGAAAACUCCUUUUGGAUCUAGAAUCAUUUUUGUCAUUUUGUUGUUUAAACAUUUUUGUUUAAAAAAAAAAAAAAAAAACACUUGACAAAUGUAUGAACUGCAUUCUGUAUUUACACUAAAACUGCAGAAGCCAGAGAACCCUCUGUUUCCUCAUUCCUCGGCCAUCCCUAUGUCCUGUGUGAUCAUCUAAGAUCAAUUAUGAUAGCUUAGUAAUACAUAGAAGUUGAAAAAGCCAAACAGUUGAACAUCUUUAGUUAAACCCUCUUGAAAAAAUGAUUUUUAGCACAAAAUAUAUGUAUUUUGGUAAGAAGGAAGCCUCCAAAUGAGGCAUCCAUUAUGUCUUAGAAAUGACAAUGUAUGUACGCUUCAUGCUAUUAUCUUAUAUUGCAGGCAUUCUAUGUUAAAUGUAUUUUAUUUAUUUAAAAAAAUCUUCAUUUUUGGUUGAAUUAAAUGUAUGUUUAAAUUGACCCAACUACACACUAUAAUAACUAUUAUGCUUCAUUCUAAGUUCUUUAAAAUGUACAUUGUGAUCUGCAUCUCACGGUUUUAUUUUAUAGUGGGUGUUUUUUUUUUUUUGUAAGAAACUGCAUAGUGGGUGCACUUUUCUGCUUGAACGAGUUUAUACUGCAAUAUUAAAAGCUACAGUAUUAUUGUAAUAUUUCUUUGUAGCUUUAAAGUGGUCCACAAACAAGUUUGUCCGACAUUUCUUUGCAUAACUCAGUGUUGGAAUCCAAAACUCGCACUAAUUUUCAUAUUUCUUAUAUGUACUUGUUUUCUUCUAUGAAAGUGCUUCCCAUAAUAAAUCUGAUCACUAUACCCUAUAUAUUUCCACUAAAUGUGUUUUACUUUUUUCCAUAUUGACGGUACUUUAUAAAAUAUAAUACUGUAGUAAUUGUGUGUUUCAGCAGUGCAAAUUUAAAAUCUUUAAUGUAAAAUCUCACUGAAGAAUUUAAAUACUACUGUAAUGUGGCUUCAAAAUCAGUGGUAAAUGUAACGUGUAUGUUGGCUAAAGAUGUGAUAAAUAUUUGUAAAUAAUUGAAUUACAUCAAUAUGGAGCCCCCCCUCCCCCUCUUUGACAGUUAUUCUUUUAUCAAGUUAUGACCAGUUGAAGUUACAGCCCAUGUGAGGGAGGCACUGCUUACUACAACUAUAUCUCAUCUUUCUGUCCCGGUCUCAUUUUUUGCUUACUAUUCGCUGUUCAAAGUAAAGUAAGACACAGGCUUUGUUUGCGAAGGCACUAAACUAACGGUCCAUAGGGGCAGUAAGAUAUAUUCCUUUCUCACUAGAACACUAAAGGAACUUUACCACAGGUUUAGGAGUUCUGUUUAAGGCUAAGACUGUUUUGUGGAAGCAUAACCAAAGUUGCCUUAAAGGCAUUCUCCAGGACUAAUUUUUUUUACAUUUUUUUUUAUUUUUUAUUGUAAGGAUAAAACUGUGCAGUCCUGGUCUUUUUACUGCGUCUUGUAUGACAACUCUAUCCCAUUUACUUGAAUGGGGAAUAGCUACAAUAUUAGACGUACCCCUUAGUCUAGAGUAAUGCCAUUUCUUGAAUAAAAACAGCAGACAUACGAAUAUCAUUUUUUUUUUUUUUUUUUUUUUCAAAUUCUUUUAAAUAGAUACUGUCUAUAGCAAUGGUCUCCGAUGUCUGACUACAGCUUUGGGUAUGCCUGAAGUUGUAGCCCCCUCAGUAGUUGGAGAGCCACAAGUUAGACUAUUUUGGAGGAAUUUAGUGAUGAACAAUGCUUUUGCCACUAUGAUGAGCACCAUGUCACAAGGUAGAAGUGGGAACUAAGAGGGAGAUUUAUCAAAACCUGUGCAGAGGAAAAAGUUGUUCAGUUGCCCAUAGGAACCAAUCAGAUUGCGUCUUUCAUUUUUCACAGGCCGUCCUAAAAAUGAAAGAAGCAAGCUGAUUGGUUGCUAUGGGCAACUGGACAACUUUUUUUUAUUCUGCACAGGUUUUUCCUAAAUCUCCCCCCUUAAUGGCUUGGUGAACAAAACAUUGAGAUCUGAGGGGGAUUUCCUGGCCAUUGACCCAAAAUGUCGAUCACAUUGAGAACCUGUGGUCAAUCCUCGGUUGGGCAAACACAAACAGGAUUUGGCACAGAAGCGAAUAUCUAGCAUGAUAUUCGGCAAAUUGCAGAAGCCUUCAUGGCUCAACACUUUAAAUAUUGAGUCAUAAACUUAAAAUAUUUUAUCUCUAAAAGUUAAAAUAUAUAAAAUUCUUAACUGUAUUAAACACUGAUGCAGCAAACUUUGUAGAAAUCUAAAUAUGUGCCUCAAAUCUUUUGGCCAUGGCUGUAGUUGUUUCCGUGGCAUACAUCUAUUUUAAAACAAACAUGGGACAGAGUUUCCAAGUGUUGCCUCACAUUAGUAGUCUGACACAUAUUACUAAAUUAUAUUAUUCAAAAUCCCCAGUGUAGCUUACAGGAGGGUAGUCCAUUGGUGCCAAAUUAUUGCUGAUAACCUCAUAGGUGAAGGAAAAAAUACCCACUUCCUAAUUUUUUUAAUGGUUUUUAUUUUUAAAGUGCCUCCUACAUUUUUAUAACUGAGAUGCUGAUAUAUUUCUGAUUUUUCUUUUCUAUGUUAAAUACAUUCCAUUUUUUUCAUCAAAUGACUAAAAUAAAGGUUAUUUUCUGUUACAUCUUAAACAUCAAACGCAAUUCAGUUUUUUCAUAUUUGUUUGGUAAGCACUUGUCUGUCUUUUUUUUUUUUCUUUCUUUUUUUAUAUAGUAAGCACUUGAUUUUCCUUUUUUUUCCUUUUUUUUUAAGCUAAUGUUUGAUUUAUAAAGUCUCUUCACAUUCAGAUAUUCAUAAAAACUUACUUAGCUACAUUUGCUCAUGAGUGACUUAAAUACAUGUUUAGGUGUGUUACCUAAAUGUAGAAUAGCAUGUUUGAUGCAAAAAUACACUCACAAAAUCUCCAGAUAGUUUAUAUUCUUAGGGUAUUUGUAUGGGGAGAUUUUUAUUACUAUCAAGUAUACUCUAUGGUCUUUAUUUUAUGCACUGUGUGAAAGGGGUACUCCACUGCCUCAGUGCAGGUCAUGACCACACCCCCUCGUGACGCCAUGCCCCCUCAAUGCAAGUCUAUGGAAGGGGGCAUGACUGACGUCACGAGCCACGGCAUCCGCACUCAGCGUUCAGAACAAAAUGUUCUGAUCUCUAAGGCAGUGGAGUACCCCUUUAAAGGAUACCAUGGUAAUUAUCUGUAAUAAGCAGAAAACUGCCUGGAAAUCUUUUUAUUGCAGAAUCCAUGAAAAUUAUACUUUGGGGUACUAUGUUUCACACCUAAAAUUUAGUUAUGGGACUUACUUUAAAUAGCAGUUUAAUGUCUCACGUAUGGCGUCCAGACUGUAGCAUUAAAGAUGACUAAACUAUAAAAAAAAAUAUAUAUAUGUUCCUAACAAUCUACACUGCAGUGCUGGGAUACACAAAUCUGUGUGUUCAUUAGUGUUCAUUAUAGAAGGGACUAGUGCCUUUUGCUGGCACGGUCAAUAGUUCAUACAGAUAUUUGGACCUUUUUGGUUGUUUUGUAGCAGGCAGUGUUGGCAGAUGUGGUCAUUGCAUGUACAAUAUGAAGGGAUGCCUACCUACUUACAGAAUUGCAAUGAGAAUCUUUUUUUAUACAUGAGUUCCCUUAUGCUCAUAUUACAGCGGAACAGGGUUUCUGGUUGUUUUUUGUUUUUGUAAAUGAUGUGCUGUUUAUUCAGUAAAAUGUAGGCAAUGUAAAAUAUAUCAGGAUAAGUAAAAGAUGCAGAACUUACAGAGAAUAGGAGUUUCCAUACAAUCCUAGAUCCAGUGCAGGGAUUUGGCUUUUAAUAGAACACUGCCAUACCUGAUAACUCAAGUUUACCACAAAUGGGUCCUUCUACUAUGAUAGGAUUCAGAAGGCUGCAGCACUAAACACUACUUCCCAGGACAUAGUACAUGUUAAAAACCUCAUUCUAACCUUGAUAGAAAACUCAAUAUAACCAAUGUGAAUUAGUUUUACAGAGACUUAAAUAUUUACAGUUUUACAUACAUUGGGCUUUCCUAGUUUUUUUUUUUUUUUGUUUACCAGUUUUAAAAACAUAAAUUUACAUUUCUGGCCCUUUGAAAGACCUUUUUUUAACAGUGUGGAUUGUUGGUAUAAACUGCUCAGCUAGAAGUGCCCUUCCAGUUUUUGGUUAAUCCGUCAGUAAGUUUCUUUUUGUUAAUUUGUAUAUCAAUUGUUUACAUGAAAACUCACUCAGUUUAUCUAUAAAGAUUGACUUUUUGAGUUUCGCUAUAAACCUGCUAUAUUUCUUAAAAUGCCAUAGACUAUGUGCAGGGGCUUCUGGAUUUGUGCAAAUACCAUUUAUAUGGGAUAAUUCUUGAUGGAUUGUUAUUGCAAAUAUUUUCCCAUUAACUGUUUUUAAAGAAGUAGAUACAAAAAGGUCUUUGUGUUUUGGAAUACGGUUAUGUUACAUUUUGCACUGAGGUGGAAGUGGUUUGAUUUUUGUUCAGUUUGUAUUUCCAGUCAUAUGACUGAUACUGUGCCAGUCUUUUAGUAAUGUAGUUUGUGUACCGUGCAUAAUGCUUUCUACAAGGUGUACGUUUGAUGGUCACGUGCUAUGUAUUUGUUUCUGUAUCUCAUGCAGGUGGUCUGUGGUGUUUUAUAUCGGGCUUGAGAGUUAGACUGGCACUUGUUGUUAGAGGGGAUAAAAAGAGUUAACCAGGGUAAUGAGUGCCCAGGAAAAUGCCGCACAUUAAGGCAUAUUGUCUGUGUACCGGAUUUUUUACUAACCAUGCAAUUUUCUAAGGUCCCUGUAUCUGAGGUAGAUGAAGCUGCUACCCAUAUCUAAUGCAUGAGUGGCCUUAGUGAGUUUGUAAAAACUGAAUUUUUUUAUGUCCAUUUAAAGAAAACUUAACUUAAAAUAUAUACAUAGCUAUCUAGAGAAAAAAGCAAUCAUUGGUGCACAGGUUUAUUAAUAAAAAACAUUGCUUGUAUUCUUUUGACUUGUUAGUGGUACAGUAAUUUCUAAAUCAAUAUACAGUAUAUGUCACUUGAGACUUUCUAUAUGAUGACAAAUGGUAACUUGAGUGUAUGGUGAGUACGUCUGUGCAGUAAUGUGUGGAGAAUACAUAGAACUUGCACACAUCACUAAUAUUUUUCAUAUUCUUUAUAAACCAAAACAAUUUUUCAUGCCCUAAUUAACAUAUUUGUUAUAAUAUUGGGGGAAAAAAUACAAAAUAUAUCUUCUAGAUGUCUCCUAGUUUACCCAAAUGAGACAUAUCUUGAUGUUAAAUUUGUGUGAAGAAUAACGUUCAUACCAUACUGGGCAUUUCUAUGUGCCAGGUUACUUGUGUUCAUCCAGCCAUACUGAAAAUGUUUGUAUUUGGCAUUGUGAUAACAUGUAAUUGCAUUGCUAAUAAUAAAAAAAGAUAAAGAUACUGACUAAAAUAAACAAAUGUUUCUUCUACUACAUACUAGUAUGUGAAUGUUUUUUUUUUCUUUUUUCUU